CACAACCACCUAAAGGGGCGGUCGCAUAAACGAGAAAAUGAUGUGAUCCGGUUCAUCUAACGCCCUUCCCAGCUCUCCUACUCCACGUAAUCUCAACCCUUCAUUCUGUACCCUACCGCUAGUUUGGCGAUAGAGGCCUUUUGGCAACCUCAUCCUUUUUCAUUGUUGGCUGGGGUUCGGUUUAAGCCAUGGCUUUGUUCAACCUCUCUUCCUCCUCAAUUGCCCCUACUCGUUCACUACGCUACAAUGGUGUGAACCCAUUUGCAGAGCAUGGGUACCUAUUUUCAGGCUCUGUGUGGUCUUCUAUCAAUAGACAAUCGUGCUUGAGUUUAAAGGCCAAUGAUAGAGGGAUAGUUGCAUUGGUAUCUGGAAAUGGUGGUCUCUUAUCUUAUUCUAACAGCAGUGGAAUGGUAGAAGAGGAUGCUUUUUUCAAUGAACAGGCAGACCAACCAGAAGGGACCUCUUUUGGGACCCUUGCCGCAGAGAUAACUUCUACUACUAGUGAGUUUUUUUAUGAUAAUGAUGAAUUAGACCUGGAUUGUCCUACCGAGGGGUUUUCUUCAGUCGCUGAGGCCAUUGAGGACAUCCGCCAAGGCAAGUUUGUAAUUGUUGUGGAUGAUGAAGACAGAGAAAAUGAGGGAGAUUUAAUAAUGGCGGGAUCAUUGGUCACUCCUCAUGCUAUGGCCUUUAUUGUCAAGCAUGGGACCGGGAUAGUGUGUGUGAGCAUGAAAGGAGAAGACUUAGAGAGGCUGCAACUUCCUUUGAUGGUGACUCAGAAGGAGAAUGAAGAGAAACUUUGUACAGCUUUCACUGUGUCAGUGGAUGCAAAGCAUGGGACGACAACUGGUGUUUCAGCUCAUGAUAGAGCAACAACAAUAUUAGCUCUUGCAUCUAAAGAUUCAAAACCCCAGGAUUUCAAUCGUCCAGGUCAUAUUUUUCCCCUCAAGUGCAGGGAGGGAGGGGUUUUAAAAAGAGCUGGGCAUACUGAAGCUUCAGUUGAUCUUGCUGUGUUGGCUGGGUUAGAGCCUGUUGCAGUUUUAUGUGAAAUUGUGGAUGAUGAUGGCUCCAUGGCCAGGUUGCCAAAGCUUCGCCAAUUUGCAGAGGUGGAGAACUUGAAGAUUAUUACAAUCGCUGAUUUAAUCAGAUAUAGGAGGAAACGAGAUAAAUUAGUCGAGAAGGCUGCUGGUGCACCAAUACCCACUAUGUGGGGGCCAUUUAAGGCCUACUGUUACAAAUCAAUGCUGGAUGGGGUUGAGCAUAUUGCCAUGGUUAAGGGUGAGAUAGGGAAUGGACAAGAUAUUCUUGUGAGGGUACAUUCUGAGUGCCUCACUGGUGACAUAUUUGGGUCAGGCAGAUGUGACUGUGGAAACCAGCUAGCACUUGCAAUGCAGCAAAUCGAAGCUGAGGGUAGAGGUGUCUUGGUGUAUCUCCGUGGACAUGAGGGAAGGGGAAUUGGUUUGGGACACAAGCUCCGUGCUUACAACCUACAGGAUGAUGGACGUGACACAGUCGAAGCCAAUGAAGAGCUGGGAUUGCCCGUUGAUUCUCGGGAGUAUGGCAUAGGAGCACAGAUACUUAGAGAUCUCGGUGUUCAUACAAUGAAGCUGAUGACAAACAACCCUGCAAAAUACCAUGGACUUAAAGGAUAUGGUUUGGCCAUUGUAGGCAGGGUUCCAUUGUUGGCACCCAUAACCAUGGAGAAUAGAAGGUAUUUGGAGACGAAACGUGAAAAAAUGGGGCAUAUCGGUCUGGACAUCGCUGGCCAUGUUAAUGGGAGUCAUCAACAAAAAUAGUAAAACAAAGCAUCGAGAGAGCCUAUCUGGUGGUGUACACGACACAUGAGCCAGUCUGAGUUGAGAAAUUUGCCAGUUAGCGGCAGAUGGAUGCCAUUGUUCUCUUCCAAGUGAGGCAUUAUGUUGUAAAAUUUGUUGCAUUGGAAUUCUAGGUCUUUCUGAUACCAUUUUUAAAAUAUAAAUCAGAUGUUCAGCUUAAUGGUAUAUUCUUUUUUUUCUA